ACGUCUGUACUUCGCCCCGCCAUUAUAUAUAAAAUUUAAUGACCGCUACAUAUGUUGCAAUAACUAUACUCAACUUUGACACAUCCUUGAUCUUGUAAAAUAUUAAGGGACUGCCGAUAUAGCAGCAGGGGAAAGUGUAACCACGCUCGAGGAAACAAACUAGAGUCUUACAACUACAAACUUAUUUCCUUGAUCAACAAACCUGGUCAAUCAUAUGUUGUAACUAACUAAUUCGGUUGAGCGAGCAGUCAGUAGGCAGCAGUAGCAAGCAGCAACGGUGUGGACCGCACAAGAUGCGCGCCCAGCAGUGGGUGGCGCUAUGGUCGCUGUGGGCAGCGCGCCUGGUGCCACAGCGCACGCCGACCGUGCGGGUGAGCGGCGGCCUUUUACGCGGUUACCUCGCCCCCGAUGGUUCCCACGCAGCAUACCUCGGCAUCCCCUACGCUACUGCCGGUAGAUUUCAGGUGCCGAAACCGGCGCCCGGCUGGAGCGGCGUGCUCGAGGCGCAGGACGAGCACAUCAGGUGCAUCCAAAGGUUCACGGCCACCACUAUUCUCGGAACGGAGGAUAAUUGUCUCACUCUAAACGUCUAUACGCCAAUAAACAGAAGUCCUAAGCUACCCGUGAUGGUAUACAUCCACGGCGGCGGCUUCCGGGACGGCUCCGGCUCCCCGUACAUAUACGGACCAGAGUACCUAGUUAGACAAGAAGUUAUCCUAGUCACUUUAAAUUAUAGACUAGAAGUAAUGGGAUUUUUGUGUCUAGGGAUCAAGGAAGCUCCGGGCAACGCCGGCUUGAAAGACCAGCUGGAAGCUUUGAGGUGGGUAAAGACAAAUAUCGAAGCGUUUGGUGGAGAUCCGAAUUCGAUAACGUUGUUCGGUGAGAGCGCCGGCUCAGCCUCUGUCAUGUACCAUCUCCUUUCCCCGAUGUCCGCGGGAUUAUUCGACAGAGCCAUAAUGCAGAGCGGCUCCGCAAUGUCGCCGUGGAGCUUCCAGUUCGAACCCGUGAGCACCGCAAGCGCGCUCGCAGCACAACUUGGUUACAACACCAGCGAUCCCUACGAACUUUACAAUAUUUUCAUCAAUACACCUGCAGAAAAAUUGCUCAGCACUCGCGUGCCGAGAGCUCGCGGCGACGUCGUGCUAUCUGAGAACAUCUUCGUGCCGUGCGCUGAGAAGAAAAUUGAAGGAAGUGAUCAAUUUCUUAGUGACACACCAUACAACUUACUCAUACUAGGAAAGUACACCAAGUUACCUAUUAUAGUCGGAUUUAAUAGCGCCGAGGGGUACAUGUUCGUCGGUAAAGAAAACGAUACAACAAUUUCAAAUAUGAAUUUUAUUGAUUCUCUGCCGAGAGACCUUAGUUUCCCCACGAUGGAAGAAAAGAAAAGCGUCGCCGACACUUUCAAUGAACUUUAUAUGAAUCACGAGAAAAUUUCUAAGAAUAAUUUAGUAAAGUUUUCUCGAUACCCGGGAGAGUCCGGGAUUACGUACCCAGUGGCGGCGACGGUGGAUCUGAUGCUGCAGAGCUCCGAGCGACCGCUGUACGCAUAUCAGUUCAGCUACUCCGGCUGGAUGAACGUCGUCAAGCAACUGUACGGGUUCGCGGGCGCGCCAGGCGCCACUCACGCCGACGAACUCUUCUACUUGUUCAAACUCAAAGCCAAAUUAUUUCAGUCCUUCCUCGAACUGGACAUGGUUGACAAGAUGACUACAAUGUGGACUAAUUUUGCAAAAUACGGGGAUCCUACGCCGGCCGUUACCCAAUUACUGCCAGUGAGAUGGCCGCCGACGCAAAAGAAUACUCCUCGCAUUUUAGUUAUAGACAAAGAGUUCACCACAGCGGCCCUGUGGAGCGGACAAACUUUAUUGUUUUGGAAUGAAACGUAUUCUAAAUAUAGAAGAAAAAGUUAAUACCUUUAC